AUGGCCCGAACCAAGCGGACUGCUCGUGAGUCCACGGGUGGCAAAGCGUCCCGCAAACAGUUGGCCACGAAAGCGGCCAGGAAAAGCGCCCCCUCUACCGGCGGGGUGACAAAGCCUCCCCGUUACCGGCCCGGGGCCGCCGCGCUUCGGCAAAUCCGUCGUUACCAGAAGUCCACCGAGCUUCUGAUCCGGAAGCUGCCUUUCCAGAGGCUGGUGAGCGAGAUGGCCCAGGGUUUCAAAACCGACCCGAGGUUCCAGAGUGCCGCCAGCGGUGCGCUUCGGGUGAGCGGGCCGAGGCCGCUGUGGCUCUCGUCCGCAACAGCGCACCUGGUGGGUUUAUGGGAAGAUACUAAUCUGCGUGCCAUCCGCGCCGAGAGUCACACCAUCGUGCCCAGACACAUCCCGUUGGCUCGCCGGAUACGGGGAGAGAGAGCUUAA